AUGGCUGCUGAUCUCAUCAUGCCCGCUCCAUUCCACAACCAACAAGCACCGCCCUCCCACUACUUUGCGCCGACACACCAAGCGCCGCAAAAUCAUCCCUAUAUCUCCCAUGGGCGCUCCCACUCUUAUCAAAUUCCGCCAACCUCCCACUCCCAGCAAGAACAAAUCUCGCCGUCGAGCACUUCGGGCCACAAUUCCCCAACAACACCUACCGGCCGCUUCCAGGGCGCACGCCAAUCGCGGCCUCUCUUUAUGCCUGCUGCACUGCGCCCGACCCGAUUCCCUUCCAAGCUACCUCGGUCUUUGCAAAAUGAAGGCCCUGCCGACGGUCCCCAGCUCACGUUACGCCGUGCCAGCAACAGCUUCAUCAACAUUCCCGGCUUGGGCGUCUUCGGUUCACGACUGGGCCGUCGCGCCACAGGCGACAGCAACGAGGAGCUCGAUGCCGACCUUGACCCGAGUCUUUACCCCCAGGCCACAGGCGAGCCCACCCGCAAACAUUGGAAGCCCGAUGCCCUAUCCACCAUCUGCGAUGACCCGACAUGUAAGCGAGCGUUCAACUACUUCUACCGCCGUCACCACUGCCGGAAAUGCGGCAACAUCUUCUGCGACCCUCACUCGUCGUACGCGAUCCCCCUGGACCAAGACUGCAACUACAACCCGCGCGCCUCUCCUUCCCGCUCUUGCGCCCACUGCUUCUCUGAGUUCGUCGCAUGGAAGAGCCGAAACAACAGCCAGGCUAGCAGCGAGCGAGGUUCCUCCGUCGACCACUCGCCCGUCAACGGGCACAUUUCGACGGCCCCCUCGACCGCGCCCACAAGCCCCAUCGCUACCAGCAGCCCCAUGAGCGCCGCUUCGAGUGCGACACUAGGUCAUGCGAGAGCCGCCGAGGCAGCUGCCAGUGUGCCGAGGGAUUGGAGCUGGAGCACGUUCUAA